ACGUAGCUGAGUGUCAUUGGUAGACGGGCGAUUCCGAGUUAACACAGCUGCAAGGAGCAAUCAACGCACAGGAAAGAGAAGCAGGAAACUCCUUGCUCUUUCCAUACCCAACAUGGACAUUGAAGUGUUGGUAGUCGGCGCAGGUAUAAGCGGUCUGAGUGCUGCUAAGUGGUUGAUAGAAGCCGGGAUUGGUGUCGUUGUACUUGAAGCUCGUGACCGUGUUGGUGGCCGUACGCUCACUAAAAAGGAUCCGAAGGUCAAUUAUGUUGACAUCGGAGGAGCGUAUGUUGGACCAACACAAAAUCGACUUCUUCGCAUGGCCAAAGAAUUUGGAAUAGAAAAUUAUAAAGUAAAUGAAGUCGAAGACCUUUUGCAUUACAAAAAUGGAAAACGAACACGCUUUAGAACUGGUACGUUACCUGGACGAAGAAACCCCUUCGUGGCAAUGGAUAUUAAUAACAUUAUGUGGCUGAUGGAUAAAAUGGGCGAAGAGAUACCUGCCAAUGCUCCUUGGGCUGCUCCUCACGCUGAAGAAUGGGACACUAUGACUUACAAGGCAUUUUUGGAAAAAAACUGCUGGACUCAAGGAGCUAUUGAUUUUUUUAAGCAUUUCAUCACUAUCAAUAUAACAUCAGAGUCUUACGAAGCAUCUUUGCUCAGUUUCCUUUGGUACAUAAAACAGUGUGGUGGAACUAAACGAAUAUUUUCGACUACCAAUGGCGGACAGGAAAGAAAAUUCAAAGGAGGAACUCAACAAAUCUGCGAAAAAAUGGCAGAAAAAUUAGGUGAUGGAGUUGUACUUUUGAAUAGUCCAGUGGUUGGAAUUGAUCAAGAGGACAAGGAUGUGGUUUUAGUAAAAGCUUUAAACGGUAAAGAUUAUAAGGCUCAUUACGUUAUUCUGGCAUGUCCACCUAUACUGCAAAUGAAGAUUCACUUCAAACCUUCACUCCCUCCUCUCCGUAAUCAGUUGAUGCAGAGGAUGCCGAUGGGCUCUGUAAUGAAAGUCAUUCUGUAUUACAAGACAACAUUCUGGAGAGAAAAUGGGCUUUGCGGAUCAAUGUUGAUUGAAGGAGGAGAUGAGCACCCUCUAUUCCUGGCUUUUGAUGAUACGAAACCAGAUGGUAGUUAUCCUGCCAUUAUCGGUUUCAUACUAGCUGACAAAUGCCGCCGUAUGGGAAGUUUAAGUCCCGAAGAAAGGAAAGAAAAAGUUGCUUGGAGUUUAGCAGAGGCAACUGGAUAUCAAGAAUUUCUGAAGCCUAUUCAUUAUGAAGAGAAGAACUGGAUGGAGGAACAAUAUUCUGGUGGUUGCUACACUGCAAUGUACCCUCCUGGCUUAUUUACAAGAUAUGGAAAAGUCCUGAGGGCACCUAUAGGCCGACUGCAUUUCGCGGGCACCGAGACUGCAGUGAAAUGGUCUGGUUACAUGGAAGGAGCUAUUGAAGCUGGAGAAAGAGCUGCCAGAGAAAUACUUCAUAGAAUGGGCAAAAUUACUCGUGAUCACAUUUGGCUAGAGGAACCUGAAUCGGAGGAUGUUGUGGCCAAGCCAUUUGUGAGCUCCUUCAAAGAAAAGUACACUCCAUCCGUUCCAGGCUUUAUAAAGAUCAUUAUUGCAUCAACCGCUAUCGGAGCUGCAACUUACGCUUGUUCAAAAUUUCUUAUUAGAAGAAAAUUUUUGUAAAAUUAUUUUAAUUUCAUAUAAAUCAAAUUUUGCUGUCUCAUUAAAAGUUAUUUUAAUAUUUGAAUAAAGUAAUACGAUAUGGGA